AUGGAUAAGCAAAUGAUUUUCAGUUUUCAAACUUAAAAACCUAAAAUUAGAGAAUAGGUUAAAAGAUUAGAAUAUUUUCAAUAAGAAUUAUCAUAAAUUUAAGAUCUUUCAAGACAAAAUAGAUCCAAAAGUUCAACAGAUAUGUAUAGUAUCACUACAGCAGAUAGUAGAUAAUAUUAAGGUUAUUAUGAGGAAGUAUCUGCAUUUGCUUUACCAAAAAAAGAUAUUUUUAGUUAAUCUUUAAAUAAAAUCCAAAUAAAUUAACAAAACAAAGAAAUAUAAACUGAAAUUCUACCCAAACCAAAGUUAGAGAUUUUAUAAGAAAAUGUCAUGUAGUUACAAUUAUAAAAGGAAGAGAUAUUUAAUUAGAUUAAAACAAUAAAAAAAGAAAAUGGAUUAUUAAUUUCUUAAAAUAAAUCAUAUGAAAUAGAAAUAAAUGCAUAGAAAAACAAAAUAAAUGAGUUAAUUAAUGAGUAAAAUGAUAAAGAAUAAUUUUAUUAAUAGACAAUGUAACAAUAAAAUUGGUAAAUAAAACAAUUAACAAGUGAGUUAUAAUAAUUAUACAAUAAAUAAUAACAACUGAAUAAUUUAGAAGGUAAUAAUUCAAUUUAAUUGUUUUUGGCUUAACUAUCAUAAGUUGAAUAGGAGAAUAUUGUUUUAGCUUUGAAAGAAGUGAUAAAGAUUAAUAAAAAUGAUAGAUUAUAAGUGAUUUAAGAUUGGAUUAAUAUUUAGGAUAUAAAAGAAGAAAUAAUUAAUAUGAAGAAGCAUCACAAUAUAAAAUUGAAAGAAGUAAGUAUUUUGAUAAAAUAUGUUUUAGCUUAUGGAAUAAAUAAAAAUUCUAUAAAAUGAUUAAAUGAUUGAGCCANAUUUACCUAAGAAAAAGUUCGGAAAACCUAAUGAAGAUUUUCCAUGUAUUUUAAUAAUAAUAAUUGUAAUUAGCUUUUAGGAAUGAACUUUCCCUAAAGGAUUGCAAUUAAUGCACUUUUGCUCUCAAAGUUAAAUUUAUAACUCGCAAUUCUAUACCUUCAAAAAAAAAGGAGUUUCAAAUAUCUUAUAAUAAUUCUCUAUAGAAAGAAUAGCGCUUUGAAAUCACUGUUUCAAAGAAGAAAAAAUAAAACAACUAAUUAUUUUGUUUUUGCUAUAGUGGUGAAUGA